CCCUCCUCUCCUCUCCUCUUCUCUCCUGUCCUCUCUUCCAGCGUGGAUUUUGUCAAAUGGUCUUCUCAGGGGAUGCUGAGGAUGAGUCCAGAUGCCAUGAAUUCACUCUUCAAACCCACCAUAGACCACAUCAUCCAACAUCUCACCGAGCUCUUCGAAAAGCCAGAGGUGAGCGACAUUAAGUUUCUGUUCUUAGUAGGAGGUUUCGCUGAGUCCCCCCUGCUGCAGCAAGCUGUCCAGAACAUGCUCCAAGGCCGUAGCCGCAUCAUCAUACCCCAUGAUGUUGGUCUCACCAUUCUAAAAGGUGCUGUGCUGUUUGGCCUGGACCCCAGCGUCAUUAAAGUCCGCCGCUCACCUCUCACAUAUGGGGUGGGCGUCCUCAAUCGCUUUGUGGAGGGGAAGCACCCACCAGAGAAGCUGCUGGUGAAGGAUGGCACGCGCUGGUGCACUGACGUCUUUGACACCUUCAUUGCUGCUGACCAGUCUGUGGCACUUGGUGAGAUGGUAAAGCGGAGCUACACACCAGCCAAGCCCUCUCAGCAGGUUAUCGUCAUCCAUGUCUACUGCACGGAGAAGGAGAUUGCAGGGUUCAUCAGUGAACCCGGCGUGAGAAAGUGUGGGACACUUCGUUUGGAUGUGAGCGGAACUGAAAGCACAGCACCACGGCGUGAGAUCCAAACGCUCAUGCAGUUUGGUGACACAGAGAUUCGUGCCAUGGCGGUGGAUGUGUCCACUGGACGCACCGUCAAAGCUAGCAUUGACUUCCUGAGCCAUUAAGAGGGGAACCAGAGAGCUAAGCAACAAAAUAGUUGGAAGCAAUGGAAAUGAAAACAUACAGCUUACACACACACACACACACACACACACACACACACACACACAAUCACAAUAAGCUGGGGAUAUUUAGUGAAAAGUGGUUAAUGUUAAUGAAUCCCAAGGCUCGGUUCGUCACAGUUUAAGCGUGGGUGGUAGACUGUCUGAUGAAAGGGUUAAACUUCGGCUCAAAUUCAGGCUAACAUUCAACUGUAGAAUCCAAGUUACAACAAAGAAAAGGACAAACUGGAUGAGUUCAGUGUGUUGUAGAUCCAUCAAGAUUCAGGCUUCUUCACUGUUGAUGUCUGAUCACUUCUCCUCAGUCUAAUGCAUCUUUACAUGUGUCACUUGUUUUUUCAUUUUGUAUGUUUAAAGUACCAAACAGAUCGUAACAUGUCAUCAAUUUUGAUUAAAGGUCUUAAUACUACUCUACUUAAUCAGCAUCCUCACUACAGUUCUGAGGAUCAUAUUAGUGGUAUUGCAUGAUUCAAACAUGAUGUAAACUGUUAUACACCAAAGCACUCCACUGCAAUGAACACGCUUAGUUUAGCUUAGCUUAGCUUAGCUUAUCUUAGCUUAGCUUUUGGUCUAUUUGAGUUCGCCAAAUCCUAAAGACACAUGGCCAGCUCACUUCCUUCCUGUGUAAAAAACAAAACAAAAUAUGGAUACAUCGGGCAUGGCCACAAUACACUUUAAUUCAAUUCAAUUUUAUUUAUAUAGCUUAAUAUCAAAACAGAAGUUAUCUCAGGACACUUUCCAUAUCGGGCAGGUUUAGACCAUACUCAACUCAGACAGAUUCUUGUUUAUUUAGAUUUUAGAGAUGUUUUUCACCUCCACCAGCUCCUGACAAAAAAUCUGUCUCUUUAGCUGCUAGAUUCUCCGCUAUGUUCACCAGCUGGUCUCUAACCAUGUCUGUCUGCAGUUUGCUGUACGGGAGCUAAUAUACAGUUGCCUGUGACACUGAACCAAACUGUAACACUGCGUACAAUAAAACCAAACCAAUAUUCUUAAUGAUGCCCAUGGUGAGGGAAACCACAGUUGAGUGACAUUUCUUAUGGCAUCACAACAAGCAUUGCAAACUACGUAUAUGGCCAUUUACUGAUUGAGAAAAAGGUUUUUGUUGGACAUCUUCACUUGUUGCUGUUGACAUUACCUACUUAAAUACUCUAGAAUACUGACGCACAGCAGUUACCAUAAAUGUACUGAUAUCCAUCCCAAUGUGGACAAUAGGACAUCAAUCUAAAAACUGAUGACAUGCUUUAGGGAAUGACUGGCAACAAUGUCAAGUAUCUGAUCUUAAUAAAUAGUUGGACAAAUAUAUAAAUAGGCCAUGUCAAGUCAAAACCACUUUAAGAGUUCCACAGUUAAAUCUGUAUCCGAGGCUAAAAGCAAUUAUAGCCAUCAAAUGCGCUCAGUUAUUGUCUUUAUUUGUUUCUGCUUCUGAUGAUGAAUCCAGGUGUGACAAAUAAUGAAGUAUGUUUAUUUCUGUAAAUACAGUAUUUAAAUAUUGUACAGAUUUUUAGCGUUGUUUCAGCAGCUUGUGUGUGUGUGCGUGCUUCCACAUGAACAUCUCUUAACGUUUUUUUUCUCACCAGCCAUAGCAUAAGCGGCCGAGGCAGGUUUGAUUGCUAUAUUCAUUUAAUGUGAGAGAUUGGAUGUGUUGCCUGUGCCUUUUUCUUUUUUUUUUUUUUUUGCAAUCA